GUGAGGGCUGACAGAGACUAUAUAAAGGCCCGCAGCGAAGUUUGUCAGCGGAUGCGCCUCUUCUGCCGAACUGCAAACUGCCUCGGAUUAACCAUUCCUUUGUGUUAACAGGAUAGCACACUGUAGGAGCAGCCAUGUCUCACGGAUGGGGAUACGGACCGACUAACGGACCUGAUACAUGGGGAGCCGAUUUUCCUGUAGCCAACGGGCCCAGACAAUCUCCCAUUAACAUUGUCCCCAAGGAGGCCCAGUACGACUCCUCUUUGAAGGCUCUGAAACUCAGGUAUGACCCCUCCAAUGCCAAGGGCAUCCUCAACAACGGACACUCCUUCCAGGUGGACUUUGUGGACGACACAGACAGUUCCACCCUGACUGGAGGUCCUAUUUCUGGAACGUACCGUUUGAAGCAGUUUCAUUUCCACUGGGGAGCCAGUGAUGACAGAGGAUCUGAGCACACUGUUAACGGCGUCAAGUUCCCCUGUGAGCUUCACCUGGUGCACUGGAACACUCAGUACCCUAGCUUUGGAGAGGCAGCCUCCCAGCCUGAUGGACUCGCUGUGGUCGGGGUGUUUCUCAAGAUUGGCGCUGCCAAUCCCAGGAUUCAGAAGGUUUUGGAUGCCUUGGAUUCCAUCAAGACCAAGGGAAAGCAGACCACCUUUACUAACUUUGACGCAAAGACCCUUCUUCCUAGUUCUCUGGAUUAUUGGACCUACGAUGGCUCCCUGACUACACCCCCCCUGCUGGAGAGUGUCACCUGGAUCGUUCUCAAGGAGCCAAUCAGCGUCAGCCCUGCACAAAUGGCCAAGUUCCGUAGCCUCCUGUUCACUGGAGAAGGGGAGGCUCCAUGCUGCAUGGUGGACAACUACCGGCCUCCUCAGCCUCUGAAGGGUCGCCAGCUCCGCGCCUCUUUCAAAUAAACCCUGCUUUGUCUUCAUAGCUUUCUAGCCCCUUUGCUUGUCGUUCCCUCCCGAACCAUCUUACUCACCUUGCUCUCCAUAUGCAGUCUUUACUUAUCUUAUAUUAGCCCUAUUGACAUCAACUUGAAAAGUAGAAUGAAGACCCAUCUGCUUACACUUUCUGUGUCAAAGACUACCUGGAUGUAUCUUGAAUAAGAGAACUUUAAAAGUGAAAAAUGUAAGAUUUGUAUGCUUUGACACUUUUGAGACAUAGGCCCUGUUUAUACUUUUCAUUUCAAGUGUCAACAAUCCAGAUUAUGUUUUGGACAAUUUUAUUUACAUAAGAAUGAAUCAUAUCAAUGAACUACAAGCAAGACAAAUGUUUUAUCAUCUUCACAGCUCUAAUCAGCGCUGCUCCCUCACCCAUACAGAUUAUUCGAUGGUUGAACUGAUCAGGACUCAAAAGCUCCAGCAGCCUUAUAUUUAAUCAUAUGUGUGGAAAUGGCUGGAGCUGGGAACAAUGGCUAAUUUUAUUGUCAAUUUAUGACAACUAUUAGACAACAAGAUUUCCAAAAAAAAGUUGCUAUAUUUACAGGUAUGAAUAUAUAUAACAUAUUUUAUGCUGAUGUUACUCGUAAAAAGUAAAUUUUCUGCUGAUUAGUGAUGUACUGAAACUGUCACAACUACUACCAACAUUCUGGCCCCUUCUAGAAGUGGAAAGUUAUGUCUGUGUUAUUAUAGGAAAUGUCAGUAUACAUAAGAAUUUCAAUCAACAGUAAUAUACUUUUUGUUAGCAUUAGUGAAUUGAAGUAAAAAAAAAUUACUACUACUUAGGCAACUGUAUAUUAUGGGAUCAUGUGUGCCAUGUACUACAGUUGAAGAGCACACCUAGUGCCUCUGAGGCAGAUGUAGGACUAAAUUACAUGCAUUUCCAUACAUACAUAUCCAUCAUAUAUCCUUGUUUGAAAACGAAGGCCUUUAUCCUGAAGCUUCUUUCUAUGCAUUCCAUUGUGUUGUGACAGCUGCUCAGAUUGUGAAAGCUAAUGUUUUUAUUGAUGCCUCAUUUUAAGACAAGCUGAGUGUGGAUAGACGUUUUCAGUGGUGACUACACAGUUGUGCACUAUGCAACUAGAGUUUCAGACGUACGAUCACCUCAUAAAGGUUAUGUUAUGGAAUGCUCCAGUAUGUUAGGAAGGACCCAGUAUUGGCAGAUGGUACAGCCUGAGUCCACACUAAUGUGUGUAAAUAGAAAAUGUGUUGUCUUUUUCUACGUUGGGCUUCCAUUCCAACCCCACUGACACAUCGGCUUUGCUGUGGUCAUUGAUUAAGCAAACUCAUCCUAUCAGCAGUAAGUGUCAACUCCAUUUUUUAUAUAAAUUAUGACAACUGAACUACCUAUCACCACAGUGCAUUAAACAACAUCAUGUAAGACAGAGCUGUUAUGUAAGAAAGAAUUUAAAGGAUCAAUUUAUGGCUAUACAUUAACACAAGCUGCAGUAUCGACAUAGGUCAUAGAAUUUCUCAUUAAAUAUUGAUAUUAACUAAACUGAGAUCAAUGGCAGGUAUAUAAGACCAGCAUAAUGUGACUCUUUUAGCUCUUAAUGGUAUUGAAAUUGAAAGAUUACUUUAUGCUAUAAAAAUUUGCUUUCAGAGUGUGGCUAUUGUGAAACAGCUGUAACCCUUUAAAGUGUGUCUCUUUAAACUGCUGUUAAAUCACAGAUGGAAAAAUGUUUUGUGUGAAUCCGCCAUGUCUUAAUGGAAAAUAAUUUUUAUCAAUAAAAACUCAGAACUUA